AGUGCAGUUUAAAGGAGAAAACUCUGAAGUAUAUUGAGCUUCUGGAGGACAGACUUCACAGCUGUGGAAGUCCAGCACUGGAACACAUUUGGGAGGCUGAUUUGGAGGCUUGUCAUCUCCUCCUGAAAGGCCUCGAUCAGCGCACCUCCAGCAUCUCAGAAUCGGACGAUCUUCCCUCCAUCCCUGGAUCGGGUUCAGGUGUCCUGCCGGUCACUAAAGAGGAAGCGGACUGCGCCAUGUUGACCGCUCUAGGGGGGCGCUGGUGUCCCGAGGCUGACCUCCAACACUCAGAAUUCACUAAGAAAUUAGAGGAGUUUCUCUUCUGUUUGGAGGAUGCGUCUCCUGAGGAUCUGUGUGGAGAGACGACAGAGCUGACGGAGCACUGUGAACUCAUCAGUGAGCGACUGCAUUACCUGGAAGAGCAGCUUCAGACCGCCAUAGAGCAGCACGACAUGGACCUCACUCUGUCCUUCGAGAAGGAGGUUCAGGAAGUGAAGGCUGUUCUUCAAGCGAUGCUGUCACAGCUGAAGGAGGAGGAAGAGGAGGAUGAAGAGAAGUAUUGUGAUGUAGAAGAAGAGGAGCAUUACUUCAGUGACAGCUGGGAAAUCUGAACAGACUCAUGAUUUAUAUUUAUGUUGCAUUCACGGUGCCUGUGCAAGUCUGUUUUCAUACUGUCAUCUUGCACUGAGCUCUCGCACUUAAAGACAAUAGUUCAUCUUUUUCUAGUUUCAUUUACUUGCCCACAUGUAAUUUUAAAAGCACUGUACUGUACUCUGUGCUGCAUUUUAGUCUUUUUUUUUAUAUAUAUUUUUUUAUUACAUUUUUGUUUCAUGCAAGUGAGA